AACCUCAAAAGAUUCAACCUCAGCAACUACAACAACAACAACCACAGCCACAGGCUGUAAGACUGUUUCAUAGUAUUUUUGUUUUUCGUUUUCUAGUUUUUGGCUUUUCGUCGAACACUUGUUGGGUUCAGGGAAAAUCGGUUUUCUCAGAUCUCGGAUUUCAGGAUUUUUUUUUAAUUUUUUUGUUAUCCUUCUUCUUAUCCUCGAUCGCUUUGUGCGGAAAACAAGAGGUUGCUCCGUUUAAUGGCGACGGCGGCGAUUUUCUCGUCGCUGAGGAGGCGGAGAUCGCCGUCUAUGGACGCGUUCUUGGCUCCGGUUGACCUAUCCGACGUCGCUUUGGUGCAAACCCUAGCAUCGGUCUCGGACGGGCUCGUCUCCAAUUUCUCGCCCAAGUCCUUCUUCUUCCAGCGCAAAAACUCCCGCUCCCUCAUCCGCAAAAUUCAGGUCUUUCUCUUGCUCCUGGACUAUCUCAAGGACUCGUCCUCUGCUUCUACCAUGCCUUCCACGGCGGUGCUCUGCUUCAAGGAGCUCUAUCUGCUGCUCUACCGGUCCAAGAUACUCCUCGAUCACUGCGCCCAAUCCAGUAAGUUAUGGCUCUUGCUUCAAACCCAUUCCAUUUCGGGCCAUUUUCAUGAUCUGAACCAAGAAAUCUCGACCCUUUUGGAUGUAUUCCCUCUGAAAGACUUAAAAUUGAGCGAGGAUAUUAGGGAACAGGUUGAGCUUAUGAAGAGACAAGCUCGGCGAGCUAAGUUGUUCAUCGAUAAGAACGACGAGCUGCUUAGAAUUCAAUUUUUUGCUUUCCUUGAUGAGUUUCAGAACGGGAAGGUUCCGAAUUCGGAGGAAUUGAGGUCGUUCUUUGUUGAUAGAUUGAGGAUUAAGGAUGCAAAGAGUUGUAGGGUUGAGAUCGAGUUCUUGGAGGAGCAGAUUGUGAAUCAUGAGGGGGAUGUGGAACCUACGGUAUCUGUGCUUAAUGGGUUUGUCGCAAUUACGCGGUUUUGUAGGUUUCUGUUAUUUGGAUUUGAGGAGGAUGAGAUGGGAUUGGGAAUUGCUGGGACUGUGAAGAGGCCGAGAAAGGGGUUGAUCAUGCAGGAGAUUGCCGAGACGUUUACAAAGGUCCCCAAGGACUUUUGUUGCCCAAUAUCGUUGGAUAUGAUGCGAGACCCGGUGAUAAUUUCCACGGGACAGACAUAUGAUCGCUGUUCGAUAGCAAGGUGGAUGGAAGAAGGUCAUUGUAAUUGUCCAAAGACAGGGCAAAUGCUUGUACAUAACCGGCUUGUGCCCAAUCGGGCUUUGAGGAAUUUGAUCAUGCAGUGGUGCACUGCCCAUGGAGUUCCUUAUGACCUUCCUGAGAGCACAGAUGGCUCUGGUGAAAACUUUGCUGCUGCUGCUUCCCCAACCCGGGCUGCACUUGAAGCCACUAGAGCCACAGCAGCACUUCUCAUUCAGCAAUUAGCAAAUGGUUUGCAGGGUGCAAAGACUGUUGCUGCUCGUGAGAUACGUUUGUUGGCUAAAACAGGGAAGGAAAACCGUGCUUUCAUCGCAGAAGCUGGCGCUGUUCCCCAUCUCCGGAAGCUACUUUCUUCUCCAAACCCUGUAGCACAGGAGAACUCUGUGACCGCAAUGCUUAAUCUAUCAAUAUAUGAGAAGAACAAGAGCAGAAUAAUGGAUGAGGAAGGGUGUUUGGAGUCUAUUGUUGAAGUUUUGAGAUUUGGGCACACAACAGAGGCAAGGGAAAAUGCUGCAGCAACCUUGUUCAGUCUCUCUGCAGUUCAUGAAUAUAAGAAGAGAAUAGCAGAUGAGGAAGGUGCAGUGGAAGCCCUGGCAGGGCUGUUGAGAGAAGGGACUCCUAGAGGAAAGAAGGAUGCUGUGACUGCUUUAUUUAACUUGUCAACCCACACAGAAAAUUGUUUGAGAAUGAUAGAGGCAGGGGCAGUAGCAGCACUAAUAGGGGCUUUGGGAAAUGAAGGGGUUGCUGAGGAAGCAGCUGGUGCGUUGGCCUUGAUUGUUCGGCAGCCAUUUGGGGCAGAAGCAGUGGGGAAGGAGGAAAUGGCGGUGGCAGGAUUGAUAGCAAUGAUGCGUUGUGGGACGCCUAGGGGAAAAGAGAAUGCAGUGGCAGCAUUGCUCGAGUUAUGCCGCAGUGGGGGAACAGCUGCCACUGAGAGGGUACUUAAGGCCCCAAUGUUGGCAGGUUUACUUCAGACUCUGUUAUUUACAGGUACAAAGCGUGCAAGAAGAAAGGCAGCUUCACUUGCUAGAGUAUUUCAGAGAUGUGAGAAUAGAUCCUUGCAUUUUGGUGGAUUGGGUGUAGGAUAUGCAUUUGCUGGCAACUCAACUACAAACCGGGAUUCGAGUUUUGCUGGUGAUGUUUCAGUGCCGGUAUCCAUUUCAGUGCCUGUCUUGUAGUGGUAACAUCCACCUCAAAUUGUUGUCUACCCUGGCUUAUAUAUGUUCCAUUUUUGUUGGAAAUAUUCACAAAUUCUUUCAUUGAACUUUACAAUGACGAAAAAAAUUAUAUAAAUACCAUAUCUGAUGUGUUAUGAAAUAAUGAUGAGUGGUGUUGAGCAAUUAGCCUAA